GAGGAGGAGGCCGUGGUGGGGUGGCAGGAGAAGCUCUUCAGCCAGUUUGAGGUGGAUCUAUACCUGAAUGAGUCAACCUGCCAGACUCCUCUGGACCGGCAGUACCAUGAGGAGAUCAGGAAACUGGAGAGGGCUGGAGGUCGGAAGAACUGUCGCAUCUUCACCUACACCGACCACGACCGAUUCACCAGCCUAGAGGAGCUCUGCCAGAAGGUCACUGACUCAGAUCAUGAGGUGCCGUCAUAUCUGGCUGAGAGGAUGUCCAAUGUGAGGAGGAGAAGACAGGACCGUAGGCCAGUAGAAACAAGUUCCCUGAAGUCAAAAAUCAUCACCUGGGAACCCUCAGAAGAAUUUAAAAAGAACCAUCAUGUGAUUAACACACCUGUGCAGACCAUGUACAUCAUGGGGGACUUGGGACCUUAUGGGAAGCUUGGUCAGAGGGAGUAUGAACAUGUUCUUUGCACAAUCAAGGUGGAUGGCAAUGGGGUGAUCACAGUGAAGCCUGACUUCACUGGCACCAAAGGACCCUACCGGAUCAAACUGGAUGGAGAGAAGCGAGAGGUGUGGGAAUACACCAUUGAGAAUGCCUCUGCCCAGGUGCAGCCAGAGGAGGAGGAGCGCGAGCAGCGCAUGUUCAGAGAUCUCUACAGUCGGCACAGGGAUUACCUCAGUGGACUUGUGGGCUCAGACUUUGAAAUGCCUCUUCCUGGUACUCUGCGACUCUUUGUGAAUGGAGAAAUAGUUUCAGCUCAAGGCUUUGAGUAUAACAACCUUUAUGUGCAUUUCUUCCUGGAACUGCCUAACCAGUGGUCAAGCCCCCCGUUCCAGCAGCUCUCAGGAGUCACACAGACCUGUGCCACCAAGACAGUGGGCUGGGAUAACGUGGCACACUUCUGCUACCCCUUCACUGUGGAUAUGUUUUAUACACAAGAAGACGAAGACAGUCUCCCUCAGUGGCCUAUUCUCUACUUUGAGGUCCUAUCCCUGGAUUUCUGGCAGAGGUAUCGUGUGGAAGGAUAUGGGUCUUUGGUGCUGCCAGCAUCUCCAGGUGUCCACAAGCUCACCAUCCCUGCCUGGCGCCCUGUGGAGCUGGGGACAGUUGCUGAGAUGAGGAGGUUUUUCAUUGGAGGAUCUCCUGAGCUGGAGGACUUAACCUACAUCCGGGUACCAUCGACCUUCAAGGGAAAGCGCCUGAGCCGCUUCGGUUUUCGGACAGAGACCACAGGCAGUGUGACAUUCCGGCUGUACUGCCUGCAGCAGUCGAGGGCCUUCCUGGAGACCAGUUCCCUGAGGCAGCACAUGCAGAACGUAUCGGACCGGCUGGGAGGCUUCAGCCAGCAGAGCUCUGUCUACAACGUUUUGGAGGCUUUCCAGCGGGCACGGCGCCGGAUGCAAGAAGCACAGGAGAGCCUUCCUCAGGACCUCAUCAGCACCUCUGCCUCCUCU